AUUUGCUGCAUUUGAUGUUUCUGAUGAACUGAAGGAUUCAGUGUUCCUUAAAAGGGUACAGGUUACACCAUGAAUAAGCUGCUGGUUAUCACUGUGCUGGUUGCACUCCUCGCGCUCAGCGCUGAGAGCUUCCGUAUGCCAAGGCAGGUUGAAGAGGAGAAGGGCACCCUCACCAAGUUGACUGACACUGUCAAGUCUUACUACAACAGCACCGUCAACACAGCUAGCGGAUACUUGGGCAUCAAGGGCCUGAAGCUGGAGGAGAAAGCACAGAACCUCUACACUGACACCACCACAGCUGUGUCCACCUAUGCUGGCAUCAUGAACGACCAGAUUUACUACUUCUUUUAUCCCCAGUAGAAAAUAAAAAACUAAUUUCCAGUAACAUCGGUUACUUUUUGAACAGCGCAAGAACUUUUAAGCUUCAUGCAUCGAGGCCAAAAAACGGGCAUUUCACAUUCUGGUCGUAUCAACACUCACCCGACACCUCAAUCUUCAACAGCAGCGGCAGCAGCAGCUCUUUGUGGCUCUUUCUUUGGUGGUAAACGAUGAUAACUACGCAGCAGAGACUGUCAUCCCUUGAAGAAAACAACAACAAACAGAGGAUCUGGACAGAAUAACAAGCAAAGGAACACAAAGCACCUUGUCCAGCUAUACAUCUCCAAGGACAGAAUUAGAAACCAACCAGUCAUGAAAAGAAUGAAGAAAGAAUUAAAUUAUGUUCAUACACCUACUGUUUCCUCUGACGGUCAUCUCACCUCUGGAUGAAUUUAAAUAUUUAUGUCAUACCUUGAA